AUGGAGACCAUGUCAUAUCCUUGUUCCCCUCUUCUCUCCCUCCCCACACAUGAAGAGAGCAGCUUUUUCAUGUGGUCUCCUCAAGUAGCUCUCCACGAGAAUGCCACCAUCCAUGUUGAUCAUCCCACUGAUCAGCAACCUGAUAAUGUGUUCUUGGACACUGCAGCUCAAGAUUAUGCUAAUGAUUGGCAUCAACAAGAUGCUUCUGAUCUUGGUGUGUUCACCUAUUGUGAUGAGAGGAUUCUGGGCCAAGAGAGUGGCAACUUGGUCGCGAUCCAGGAAGAGCUCAUGGAGGAGAACAGUUUAACUGAUCUCCUCCUCACUGGUGCAGAGGCGGUCGAGGCGGGGGAUCCAAGAUUUGCCUUGGCAGUGUUCUCAAGGCUUGAUGGCCUCCUCCUUGGCAGCCCUGAAAAUGCAGCAGCCGGCUCUUUUGAUCGCCUGGCCUACCACUUUGCCCAAGGUCUGCGGUCCCGGAUCUCCAGUGCAAGCACCAGUUGCUCUCCGCCGGAGCCACUGGCGUCUGACAGAAUGUCGGCGCAGCAGAUUAUACAAGAGCUGUCACCGUUUGCCAAGUUUGCGCACUUCACUGCCAACCAGGCCAUUCUAGAUGCCACCAAGGGCGAUACACAUGUGCACGUUGUCGACCUGAACAUUGGCGAGGGCAUCCAGUGGCCAUCGUUCAUGUCAGAUCUUGCCCGUCAUGGCGGCAUGUCAUUCCACCUCACGGCGAUCACAGCAGACGCCGACUACACCGACGGCGUUCACCAUGCAUCUGCGCGGCGGCUCUCGGAGUUCGCUGACUCCUUGAACCUCCCGUUCCAGUACAGCUGUCUCUGUUUACAUAGUGAUGAAGACCUGCAUGAAUUCUCCAAGAACUGUAAAGGUUCGGUGAUCUUCUCAUGCGACACAACAAGCAUGCCUUACAAGUUGCUGAGCAAGUUACCGGCACUCCUACCUGCCUGUGUUAAACUGUUACAGCCAAAGUUAAUGGUCGUCGUAGAAGAGGAGCUGGUUAGAAUCGGAAAGGAGGUGUCUCUAUGUAAGGCCUCCUUUGUCGACUUCUUCUUCGAGGCAUUGCACCACUUUACCACGGUGUUCGAGUCACUGGCCAGCUGCUUCGUUGGUGGUAACCAGGGGGCGUGCCUGAGACUUGUGGAGAGGGAGAUGGUGGGGCCAAGGAUACAAGACUUUGUGGGGCAGUAUGGGUCUAUGACAGUUGAGGUCACUGCUCCUCGGGUUUUGGAAAGGUACGGGGCUUGUGACCUGAGUGGUUGCAAUGUUGCUCAGGCCAGGAUGCUGGUUGGGUUGUUCAAUAGGGGGUUUGAGGUUGUGCAUGAGAAGGGUAGGCUUGUGUUGUGCUGGAAGUCCAGGCCAUUGACCUCUGUGUCUGUUUGGGCUCCAAUCUUAAAAGAAAGGAGCUCAUGA